UAAUUUCAUUUUGUUUAUUUUUCCUCCGCUCCGGAAGGGUUAGAGCACAUAGCCGGUCCUUUCCCCAAGUCGAUCUCAGCGGACAGAUAGCUAGCUCUUCCGAGUCCGGCUCCCAUGUUGGUCCCGACUAUCAUCAAGGACAUGUCUCAAAGAGGCGCCAGCGCACUGAAACGAACUCGACAGAUAGCGUCGCACAUGAUGUCGACGACGACCGAGGAUACAGUUAAAUUUGAAUCUCUUUCGGAGCUGCGGGCGUAUACACUUAAUCGGCCUGAAAAGCUCAAUGCUCUCGACGAGCAAAUGCUCGGUCUGCUGCGACCAAAAAUCGAGUCUUGGAGCAAUUCUGAUCUAUGCGGAGUAAUUCUGGGCAGAGGUACUGGGAGAGCGUUUUGCGCGGGUGGUGAUGUUGCUAGCGUUGCGCAGAACGCGGCAAAUCCUGAAACUAGGAAGCGCGCUAUCAAGUUCUUCAAAGACGAGUUUGAACUGGAUUAUUUGCUGGCAACUAUACAAAAACCAUACGUGGCUUUGAUGGAUGGCAUCACGAUGGGCGGUGGCGUUGGACUGUCUGCGCCGGCAACUUUCAGAAUAGCCACCGAAAACACUUUGUUUGCUAUGCCGGAGACUGAUAUCGGCUAUUGCCCUGAUGUUGGAGGCAGCUACUAUCUUUCUAGACUUGAUGGCGAAAUAGGUACCUAUCUCAGUUUGACUGGCGCGCGUCUAAAGGGCAGAGCGGUAUUCGAACACGGUCUGGCCACUCAUUUCAUUCCAUCGCGUCGGAUUCCCACUGUUGUUGAAGCCUUGGCUGGUGUAGAGGAUGCCGAUUACGACAUUUCAUGUGUCGAUGUCAAUGGAAUUCUUGAGGAGAAUUCCGGGGAACGUGAAUCCGACGAACCAUCUUCACUACUUGUUGGAGCUACACGCGUCGCUCUGGAUUCCGCAUUCCGUCACGAUUCAGUCGAGAAGAUUAUAGACGACCUGACUACGUUCAAGUCCGAUAAGGACGAGAUGGUUUGUGGUUGGGCGUCCAAGACGUUGGAACUUCUGCAGCUCCGUAGCCCGACCAGUUUGAAGGUCGCUCUCGCGGCCAUACGCCGCGGCCGCGAUCUGGAUCUAUGGGAAGCACUCAACAUGGAAUUAAGAAUAGCUACUGCUUAUUGCUCAGGCGCCAGUUCCGACUUCAUUACUGGCAUCACUGCUAAACUCAUUGACAAAUCCAAGGGACUACCACAGUGGUCUCCAAGCUCAGUAAAAGAUGUGACGGACGAUAUCGUCUCGCGAUUUUUCUCGGCCGAGUCUACGUUCCUUAGUCAAGCGCCCAAACUGUUUCUUCCGGAAAAUGACGUAGCGACGGAGGAUGGGUCUACGACAACUAUGGAAGGCGUGGAAAGUGGUCAGGUUAAGAAAGGCAAGGAGGAUAUCGUGCCCGACGGCCAAGAUCGCGAUAUAGGAUCCCCUCCUGAAUUCAGUGCUAAACCUCAUGCGUACCAUCGAUAUAGCCUUCCUACGGAGAAAGAAAUCGAAGAUAUCAUUCGGGGCAACGACAUUGACUCACCAGGAACAGGAUAUACCAUUGACGAGGUUGUAGAAAAGGUCUUUGAACACCACGAUGGGAAAGUGGGAAUCCGGGAGAAGGUGCUUGAGAUUGUAGAGCGCAAGUGCAAGAUUGUGGAUAACGCUGAUGGCAAUUUUGUUUGGGUGAGCUGGAAGUAGACUUACAUCUAGUCGAUGAAGCGGAUUCCUGAUGAAGCUCCAAUGUCACUGCUUACAAUAGCUACACUCGAUCUUAGCGCCACAACUUGUAUUUUCGGAGUGUUUGUCUUCUUCUCAUGGAGCAAUUAGUAGCGAACGGUAUUCACGCCGUGUGUACAUGUAGAUAACAUUUUUAGUCAUCCAAGCUGAAGCGACCGACCUUGUUUAAGCAAACGGGC